AUGUCUACCUUUCCCCAGGAGGAAGAAAAGCCUCAUAGGGAGUUAGCUCCAGAAGAUGAAAAUGAAAUCGACAGUGAAAAUUCAGUCACCUACGAGCCCAUUGGCUUAAUCGACCCCAAUGAGGUCGAAACCCUUACGCGCAUCGCUACUCAACAGUCUCGACGACAAUCGAUUGGUGGCCCUGCACACCGUCUAGCCUCACUUGCUGAUCAAGAUCCGACCCUGAACCCAUCAUCUGGAAAGUUCGAUCUACGAAAAUGGAUUGUCGCUGCUAUGCGAGAUGUGGGUCGAGAGCGCGCCCAGAAGAUGGGCGUUGUAUUCAAGGACCUCAAUGUUUAUGGAUCCGGAUCCGAGCUCCAGUUCCAGGACACAGUGUCAUCCAUGUUGACAGCACCUCUUCGCAUAGGAGAGGCCUUCCGGAAAUCUCCCAAGAAGCGCAUUCUUAAGGACUUCAAUGGUAUUCUCAACAGUGGAGAGCUAUUGCUUGUGCUCGGUCGCCCUGGAGCAGGCUGCAGUACGAUGCUCAAGUCGAUUAUGGGAGAGCUGCAUGGCUUGGAAAUGGGCGAGGAUAGUGUCAUCAAUUACAAUGGUAUCCCCCAGCGCCGCAUGAUGAAAGAGUUCAAGGGUGAAAUGGUCUACAAUCAAGAGGUCGAUCGCCAUUUCCCUCACCUCACUGUCGGUCAGACUUUGGAGCACGCAGCCGCAACACGAACCCCAUCCCACCGAUUCCAAGGCAUGAGCCGCGCUGAAUUCGCAAAAUACAUGGCGCAGAUCGUGAUGGCAGUUUUUGGCCUAAGCCACACCUACAAUACCCGUGUUGGAGAUGACUUUAUCCGUGGUGUGUCCGGCGGAGAGCGGAAGCGUGUCAGUAUUGCCGAGAUGGCACUUGCUUCAUCGCCGCUGGCUGCCUGGGACAACUCCACACGUGGAUUGGAUUCGGCCACGGCCUUGAAGUUUGUCGAGUCUCUUCGUUUGCUUUCGGAUCUCACUGGCUCUGCUCACGCUGUGGCUGCUUAUCAGGCAAGUCAGAGCAUCUACGACCGCUUCGAUAAAGUCAUCGUUCUGUACGCCGGCCACCAGGUCUUCUUCGGACCGGCAAAUAGCGCAAAGGCCUACUUCGAGAACCAGGGCUGGCACUGCCCUCCAAGACAGACCACUGGUGACUUCCUGACCUCGAUUACCAACCCUGACGAGCGUCAAGCGAAGCCUGGUAUGGAGUCUCAAGUCCCUCGUACCCCCGAGGAGUUCGAAGCUGCCUGGCUCAAGUCUUCGGAAUAUAAGCAGCUUCGGACUGAUAUCGCUAAAUAUGAAGAGACCUACCCUGUGGAAAAUGAUGCUGAGGCUGUUGUUGCGUUCCAAGAGAAGAAGCGCGACAAGCAAGCUAAGCACACUCGUCCUACGUCUCCAUACAUUAUUAGCAUACCCAUGCAGAUCAAACUGAACACGGUUCGUGCUUAUCAACGGCUGUGGAAUGAUGCUGCUUCCACCGUCUCCACCGUGGUCAGUAAUAUUAUUAUGGCUCUCAUCAUUGGUUCAACCUUCUACAACUCUCCUGAUGCUACUUCCGGCUUUACUUCGAAAAGUGCAGCUCUUUUCUUCGCAGUCCUUCUCAACGCUUUGACGGCUAUGUCCGAGAUCAACAGUCUCUACGCCCAGAGGCCUAUUAUUGAGAAACACAAUUCUUACGCCUUCUAUCAUCCUUUCACCGAAGCAAUUGCAGGUGUUUUAGCCGACAUACCAGUGAAAUUUGCGCUGGCAGUCUGUUUCAACAUCAUUCUUUACUUCCUUGUCGGUCUUCAACGCAAAGCUGGCAACUUCUUCCUCUAUUUCCUCAUUACAUUCAUGAUCACUUUUGUCAUGAGUGCGGUCUUCCGGACACUAGCGGCUGUCACAAAGACGGUUUCUCAAGCAAUGGGAUUAGCUGGUGUUAUGAUUCUAGCACUUGUUGUCUAUACAGGAUUUGUUUUGCCAGUCCCGUCCAUGCAUCCCUGGUUCGAGUGGAUUCAUUAUCUCAACCCGAUCUACUACGCCUUCGAGAUUUUGAUCGCGAACGAGUUCCACGGACGUGACUUCCCUUGCUCGGCAUUCGUUCCUUCUUACGCGGAUAUGUCUGGGGAUUCGUUCGCUUGCAGUACAGCUGGGUCAGUUGCGGGCGCUCUGACUGUCAACGGUGACCGUUAUAUCUACCUAAACUACCGGUAUUCUUUCUCCCACGUUUGGAGAAACUUCGGAAUUCUGUGUGCGUUUUUGGUCGGGUUUAUGGCAAUCUACUUCAUCGCCUGUGAGCUCAACUCGUCUACUACCAGUACAGCCGAGGCUUUGGUCUUCCGUCGCGGUCAUGAGCCUGCCCAUCUGCGCCGCGGUUACAAGAAGAGCAAGUCUGAUAUCGAGACCACUGAUGAGGCCGCUGUAAAGGAGGCUUAUGGAGAGAAUAAUGGUCAGGAAAUGGGAGCUAUUCAGCCCCAGACUGACAUCUUUACCUGGCACGAUGUAUGCUACGAUAUUGAGAUCAAGGGUGAACCCCGCAGACUUCUGGACAAUGUUGCCGGAUGGGUUAAGCCAGGAACCUUGACUGCGCUCAUGGGCGUUAGUGGAGCUGGUAAGACCACGCUUUUAGAUGUCUUGGCGCACCGCACCUCGGUCGGUGUGGUGACUGGUGAUAUGCUUGUCAAUGGUCGUGAACUGGAUCAAAGUUUCCAACGCAAGACUGGUUACGUGCAGCAGCAGGAUCUUCACCUGGAAACCGCCACCGUUCGGGAGUCUUUGCGUUUCAGUGCUCUUCUGCGGCAACCGGCUAGUGUCUCGGUCAAGGAGAAGUACGAUUAUGUCGAGGAUGUCAUCCGUAUGCUGCGUAUGGAAGAAUUCGCUGAAGCGAUCGUCGGUGUUCCCGGUGAGGGACUAAACGUUGAACAGCGCAAGCUUUUGACUAUUGGAGUCGAGUUGGCCGCGAAGCCUAAGCUCCUUUUAUUCCUUGAUGAGCCUAGCAGUGGUCUUGAUUCACAGAGCUCUUGGUCUAUUGUUUCCUUCCUUCGUCGUCUCUCCGAGCACGGCCAAGCCGUUCUCUGCACCAUCCACCAGCCUAGUGCCAUUCUUUUCCAGGAGUUCGAUCAACUUCUAUUCCUGGCUCGCGGCGGAAAGACUGUCUACUUCGGUCCAAUCGGCGAACAGUCGCGAACUCUGUUGGACUACUUUGAGGCCCACGGAGCCCGCGAGUGUGACGAUAGCGAGAACCCGGCUGAGUACAUGCUUGACGUUGUGAAUGCUGGCUGCAACCCGCAAGGUGAAAAUUGGUUCGACGUGUGGAAAGGAAGCAAGGAGAGCCAAGAAGUCAAAGUUGAACUUGAUCGCAUCCACAAAGAGCAACAAGAGAAGGUUCCUGUCGAAAACUCGUCUGAGGGCCUUACUGAAUUUGCCAUGCCAUUCUGGUUCCAGCUUUACCAGGUCACUUAUCGAGUCUUCCAGCAGUACUGGCGUAUGCCCUCUUACAUCGUCUCCAAGUGGGGACUGGGUAUUGCCGCUGGUUUGUUCAUUGGUUUCUCCUUCUACCAAGCGAAGACGUCCUUGCAGGGAAUGCAGACUAUCAUCUACUCCGUUUUCAUGUUGUGUACCAUUUUCACUUCGCUCGUUCAACAGUUGAUGCCUCUAUUCGUCGCUCAACGAUCACUUUACGAAGUGCGCGAGCGUCCCAGCAAGGCCUACUCGUGGAAAGCCUUCCUGAUCGCCCAAGUCAUCGUAGAAAUCCCCUACAUGAUCAUCACCGGCAUUCUCAUCUUCGGCUGCUACUUCUACGCCGUCGUGGGUAUUCCCAGCUCCGAAACCCAAGGCACCGUCCUCCUGCUCUGCAUCCAAUUCUUCAUCUACGCCGGCACAUUCGGCCAGAUGGCCAUUGCCGCUCUCCCCGACGCCCAAACCGCCAGCGCAAUCGUCGUCCUUCUUUUCGCCAUGUCACUCACGUUCUGUGGUGUCAUGCAGCCUCCGUCCGAUCUGCCAGGAUUCUGGAUAUUCAUGUACCGCGUCUCACCUUUCACUUACUGGACCGGUGCGAUGGCUAGCACCCAGGUUCACGGGCGCCAUGUUGUCUGUGCCACUGACGAGCUGUCUAUCUUCAACCCACCUUCUGGCCAGACGUGCUGGGAGUAUCUGGAGAAGUAUGCUACUGCCACUGGCGGCCAGGUUCUGAAUAAGGCUGCCACAUCCAGUUGCGAAUACUGCGCCGUUACUAUUGCGGAUCAGUACGUUGCUGGAUCGGGUAUAUACUACAGCCAGCGCUGGAGAAACUACGGCAUCGUCUGGGCUUACAUUGUUUUCAAUAUUUUCAUUGCUGUUUUGACUUACUACCUGUUCCGUGUCAAGCGUUGGAACAUGGAAGGUAUCAAGAAGAGCUUUGCGCGUUUCACUCCUUCAAAGAAGUCAAGUGGCUGA